AUGGACAGCGGAGAGUACAUCUCCACGAUGGAGAACAUGGACACGACUUUAGCGGAAUUAGGGGACGAAUUCACACUGGGAGACAUCGACGAGAUGCUGCAGUUUGUCAGCAACCAGGUGGGGGACUUCCCGGACUUGUUUGAGGACCAGAUGAACUCAGCAGGCUCUGUACAGAGUCAGAGUGGUGGGACCAGCACCACCGCACGACCUGCCAUUCAAACCCCUCAAGCCCCCCAAACUCCUCAGACCCCAACCCCAGCUGUCUACCAGAGUACCAACGUUAGCCUCGCCCCCUCCCAGACACUGUCUCCCCAGUCUCUACCCCUCACCCCUCCCCUCACUCCCGCCCAGACCCCCUCCCCCACCACAGCCUCCUCAGUGCAGCAGCAGGUGACCCGUAGCCCUCCACUCCUUCAGCCCCGGCCUCAGGUGGUCCAGCCCAUCCAGCCUCAGCCUCAACAGACGGCCCAGCCCACCAUCCAGAUGCACACCCAGGGAAUCCCCAUGCAGACCCAGAGCUUCCCAGUCCACACCCUGGUUCAGACCCACAGCCAGACGCCCCUGCCAAUCCAGACCCAGGCAGCCCAAACUGUAAUGAUUACCUCCAGCGGCGGACGCUUCAUCCAGAACCCCGUCAUCUGCCACCAGAGCCCUGCUCCUAGUUUCCAAGUCCUCCAACCACAGAUGCAGAGCAUUAUGACAUCACCACAGCUCCAACCGGUGACCAUUCAGCACCAGCGGGUCCUGACUCCGACCGGUCAGACCAUCCAGACUCUAUCUACAGCGCCCACCACAGUCCACACAAUGCAACAGCAGAUGCAGCAAGUACCUCUUCUGGUCCAGCAGCCUCAGAUUCUGAAGACAGAUUCACUGGUUCUAACAACGCUCAAACCAGACGGCACACAGGUGCUGUCUACCAUGCAGAGCCCUACGGGGAUCACCACCCUGACCACGCCCAUCCAGAGCACAGCUCUGCAAGUCCCGACGUUGAUGAGCAGCAACAUCCUGACCACCGUCCCUGUUAUGAUGGGAGGAGGAGACAAGCUGCCAAUCAAGCAGCUCCAGCCGGGCUCCUCCCACUGCACAAAUGGCGUCAGAUCAAACAUGGACCACAGCCAGAUGAUGGGAGGUGUAGUAGGGCCGGGAGGAGUGGUGAAGGAGGGCGAGAGGAGGACGACCCACAACAUCAUCGAGAAGAGGUACCGGUCCUCCAUCAACGACAAGAUCAUAGAGCUCAGAGACCUGGUCAUGGGCAAUGACGCAAAGAUGCAUAAGUCAGGAGUGCUGAGGAAGGCCAUUGACUACAUCAAAUACCUGCAACAGGUCAACCACAAACUACGACAGGAGAACUUGGCCCUUAAGAUGGCCAACCAGAAGAACAAGCCAGUGAUCCUGCCUGAAGAUGUGGAUCUUAAACAGGAAAUAGUGAUGAUGUCACCUCCAGCCUCGGACUCUGGUUCUGGUUCCCCUCCCCAGUUUUCUCCUUACUGUGUGGACUCCGAGCCGGGCAGCCCUUUACUGGAUCACGAGCAGAUGAAGAGUGAGCCAGAUUCGCCCUCCUCGGUUGGAGUGAUGGAUCGUUCUCGAUUGCUUCUCUGCGCCCUGACUUUCUUCUGCCUGUCCCUAAACCCACUGCCAUCUUUGUUGGGCUCUGAGGCCUCAGGGAGCCACAGCCUAUCUGGGGGCCAUGUGCCGUCUAGAACGCUGGUCUGGUUCCCAAGUCACACGCAGGACUUUGCAUCCUGGCUGCGGUGCCUGUUGCCAUGGGUAAUGGUGUGGGUGCUGAGUGGGGUGGGAGCAGUGUGGGGCUGUGUCAGAGUUCUCUACCUGUGGGAGCCCAUCACACCCCUUCACUCUCCAAAAUCCGUAUCGUUCUGGAGGCACCGCAAACAAGCCGACCUGCAUCUCAAAAGGGGAGAUUACACAGCAGCAAUGGACAGUUUAGAGACCUGCCUGUCCGUCUUGACCAGAGCUCUUCCCUCAACCAGUCUGGACCUGGUCUGCUCUCUGUCCUGGAAUGUGAUUCGCUACUUCUUGCAUCGUCCAACACCUCUGGGUUGGCUGGUUCACCAGGUUGGAGGGAAGCAUGAGGGGGAGGAGGCUAGGACUAGUGCGAGGGACGCAGCACUGGUUUACCACCGGCUGAGCCAGCUGCAACUCACAGGAAAGCUGCCUCAGCGCAGCAGCCUGUGGGCUUUGUCUCUGUCUCUGAGCGCUGUCAACCUCAGCGAGAGCGCCCAAGGCAAGAUGGCCCCCGCCCAGCUCACCCAGAUCUAUGUCACUGCAGCAACAGCCCUGCGCACCAUGCUGGGCCACCACCUGUCCUUUCUAUCUGGUUAUUUGUUGAGUUGUGCAGAGAGUGUGGCCAACCAAUCAGAGACCAGGCCGAUCCCUGACUGCCUGCGUUGGCUCUUCACCCCGCUGGGUAGGCAAUUCUUUCUGAGUUGCGAUUGGUCGGUGAAGUCCGAGAGCACUGACGGGGUGUACACUUCUCAGAGGGACCCAGCUGACCCCAUUGCACAGCUGCACCGCUGUUUCUGCAGGAAGCUUUUGGAGAGAGCCGUUCACACCCUCAUUCAGCCACAGAGCGACUCUGAAUCAGGCAAACGCAAGAACCACUCUGGAGAAUUUUCCAGUGCCCUGGAGUUUCUCCAGUUAUUAAACAGCUGUACAGAGGACUCUCCCUCCCCUCCUCCUCCCUUUUCAACUCCUCCCAAUCACACCACCACACCAGUGGGGGACCCCGUGAGUCGUUGGUGGGCUUUGGUCCUGAAGGCUGCCGUGCAUUGGCUGCAGGGCGAUGAUGUCGCAGUAAGGUCACUGUUGGCAGAGGCAGAACGGAUGCCGAGGGCUCUACACACUCUUGACCACCCUCUGCCCAAAGCUGUGCUGCUGCUUUGCAAGACAGUUCAGAUGAGUCUUUCCCCUCUGAAGGGAGAGGGGGCGGUAGCCUGCCUGUCUCACUGCGACAGAGCCAGCAGCUACCUGCGCUCCAGCAUCUCGGUGCCCCUUGCCCAGUCUGGGAACUGGCUGAACAAGGGGGUGGAGCUCCUGGUCUGUGACCUUCUGCUGACCUUGAGGACUAGUUUAUGGCAGCGGGGAGGCAGCAGUAAUGGGGAACCUGGCCUGGCACCUGGAUCCCAGUUGGCGGGUUUCCAGAGGGACCUCAGCGCGCUCAGAAAGCUCACACAGUGCUACAGACAGGCACAACACAAGGUGUUUCUCCAUGAGACCACAGUGAGGCUGAUGGCUGGAGCCAGUCCCACAAGGACACACCAGCUGCUGGAGCACAACCUCCGACGCAGGACGCACAGCUCCUACACAGCCGAAGGUGAGUGUGUCCUGGGUGAGCGAGAGAGGGCUCAUGCAAUCCUGCUGGCCUGCCGCCACCUGCCCAUGCCUCUACUAACCCCGCCCGGGCACCGUGCCCGCCUGCUGGCCGAGGCCAAGCGCACCCUGGAGCGGGUGGGAGACCGUCGGUCCCUGCAGGACUGUCAACAG